AUGGUCAUCCUAGCGGCAACCCUCACAGUGAUCAUGGCGGUCGCCCUGCAAGCGAAGCCCGAAGACGCGAGCGCUCGAGGUCCCGCGGAGGUCCCCGGGAGGAGCCCAUCCGGGACCCCGUCGGCCAGGAAGCUUGCCAGGAUGGCAGCCCAACGCGCAGCCGCCAACGUCACCUUCGUCAGGAUUGCGGCAGAAACGUGGCAGCCAUACUUUCUCAUCGGCCAAGACGGCAACGGAAACACGGUUUACUCUGGCAUCAUGUGGGACCUUCUGCAGAUGCUAACCACGAAGAUGAACCUUCAGUUCGAGAUAUACCGGCCCCCCGACGGGCUGUGGGGGGUGGAGCUUCCCAACGGCAGUUGGAACGGCAUGUUGGGCAUGAUCCAGAGGCAGGAAGUCGACAUGGCUCUCGGUCCCUUUGCGGUAUCGUACCAACGCACAACAGUGGCGGACUUCCCUGCUAGCAUUUUCGUGCUGCCUCAUCGACUGUACCUGCCGAGGCCGCGUGGAUCCCCUGACCUAAGUGAUUUCGUGUGGAUGAUGGUUCUCCUGAGUGCCUGCGUCGUGUCCCUGGCAGUGUGGGCAGCCUCUAAACUUGAAGCACAGAGCCGGCACACAAUCUCGAUGCCCCUGUCGGCUUUCAAGGCUCUUUUGCAAGUCUGGGCGUCAUUGAUGCAAGAAUCGUGCGAGUGGCGAGGCGUCGGCGUCGGGAGGGCUCUGAUGGGCAUGUGGUUUCUGGUGACCCUCGUGCUCAUGAACACCUACAGCGGGCUCUUGGUGGCCUCCCUCAGCUUCCCGAGGGUCGCCAUUCCGAUCGCGUCCGUCGAGGAGCUGGUGGCGCAGAACGAGGUGCCUUGGCGUCUCGAACAGGGAGGUAUAAUCUUGCAUACCUUUAAGACAGCAGACGUCAAAAUGUACAAGACGCUUCUGCAAGGGAGCAAAGGGUUCUUUCCGGAUUGCUUCGCCGCCCGAGACGACAUCGCCAAAGGACGAUUCGCUGGACUGUGUGAUGUAUUGGCUGGAGAUAUGAUGAUUGCCAAGACUUUCUCGAGCACCGGGAGAUGCGACUACUUCAGUCCUCGCCAGAACAUCGUUACGCAUACUUAUACGCUUGUGCUACAGAAGAACUCACCUUUGAAAGAUAAUAUCAAUUUCUGGUAUGGACGUCCAGGAGUUUGUGAAUGCUUCAGGAGCUGCAGGAACGUGGCUGGGUGGAUCAGCUGGUGA